AUGAUGUCGGGCAGGUCCCUGGGCGGCGGGCGAGUGCUGGGCAGCGGAAGGAACCUGUCGCCGGCACUGUCGCCGCAGCCGCCUCCGCAGCACCGGCGCAAUGCGAGCCUGCUCUCGCCCUCCGAGAGCUCCGUUUCCCUGAGCUCCCAGACGUCGAAUAGCCCGGCGAGUACCGCAGAGACGAGAGAGGAUAUCAGCAGCAAGGUGCUGUUGGGCUCGACGGAGGGAGCCGCAGCGGCAGGCGCCUCAAGCAGGCUGGUGUGCCCGAUCUGCAACGAGGAAAUGGUAACAUUACUGCAACUGAAUCGACAUCUCGACGACAACCACCAGAACCUCGUGGAAGAGGAGCAGGAUGAGGUGAAGACAUGGUUCAAGACGCAGAUGACUAAAGCAAAGAAGUUCCAGCCACUCGCAGUCCUCAACCAGAAGCUUAAAGGCCUCGACGUAUUUGAAUCUAACGAUGCGCCCACGCCGCUUCCCUUUUCAAACUCCACCAGCAGCGCUGUUGCCUCUCCCGAGCCCGCCCCCGCUCGCCGAGAUCCUGAUGAGGAAGUCACCCGAACACAUUGGCAACGGCCAGGAUAUCGUGAUGUUUGCUCAGACCCGACCUGUGGGCGACCCAUUACCGGCUCACAGAUGGCGCUGGGUGGGAGCAAUGUUGCGGUGAACUGCAGGAGCUGUGGGAGGCUAUUCUGCGAGGACCACACUAUGUACCAGAUGAAGCUAUCGCGGCAGGCCAAGCAUGACCCGGUGAGGGGUUUUUGGUGUAGGGUGUGCGAGACGUGCUACAAGUCAAGAGAGGGUUACAACGACCAUCACGGGCUUGAGCGCAACCAUUUCGACGAAUUCGCAAGUAUAAGAAGGAAGAAGGUAGACAAAGAGUACAUGGAGGUCAGCAGGCUGGAGAAGCGGCUGACAAAGUUGACGCAACUUUUGGCAAAUCCCCCUCCACCGGACGAGAAUACCAGCUCAGGGGGCUUCUGGCCACUGUCGAGUGCGAAAGCCCAACGCAAAGCCUUGGAACAGUCCAUAAUCACGUGGGAAGAAGACGCAAAAGUAUCGAAUUGUCCGUUCUGCCAGCAGGAAUUCUCAAACUAUACCUUUCGAAGGCAUCACUGUCGGAUGUGUGGGCGUGUUGUAUGUGGGGAUCCGCGAACGGCGUGUUCAACAGAGAUUGGGUUGAAUGUGGCUGCAGCAACGAACAAAACCGAGAAGGCCGCUCAACUAAGCGUCGAUAUCCGCAUGUGUAAAGACUGCAGUCACACACUCUUUAGCAAAAACGACUUUAGUCGCGAGCUAGCCCACCAACCCACAGACCAAAGGGCUUUUGAGAAUUUAGUUCAGUUCGAGCGAGGGAUUCGAUUACUUCUUCCCCGGUUUCAAAAACUUCUUCUUGCCCUACAGGACCCUGAGCAUCCGCCCACCCCUGACCAACUUCAUGAUGCUACAAAGGUGCGCAGAAGAUUGAUGGAUGCUUUCAGUCAGUUCGACAGCGCCGCUCGCAGGAUUCGAGACUUGCCGACCGAAUCACCAACUCAGAAGAAGCUGCAAAAGGCGGUUUACCAGCAAGCGUACAGUUUCUUGAGUUUGCAUAUGCUUCCGCUACGAUCGUUACCUAAGAUACUUAAGCAUGCUGCGCCACACGGCUCGAAGGUCAACGGUCGCCCAAACGGAGGGGGUGCUCUUGCGGCAAUUAAAUUCAACGAUAUUGAAGCAGGCAGCGUUGUCAGCAGCAGUAGCGCUGUAUCUGCGAUGGAGGCGGAAGAAAAAGAGCUCCGAGAAAGGGCAAUAAUACUCGAAGAGCAGAGAUUCAUGGUGAGCGGCAUGGUCUCGGAUGCCACAAAACAUCGCAGAUUCGACGAGGUGUCGAGUCUCGCGCAAAAUUUGGAAGACUUGAAUAAGGAAAUUGAUCAGAUUAACGGCCAGCUGGGUCAGUUGGAUUUCGCGAGCGCAUAUCAAAGAGAUAUGGCAAGUCCACAGCCGGGGUGA